UCUAUGGAUUUUUUUCUCAGCCUCCCCCUCCAAUGGGAGCUAUCACCCUUGGGAAACCUCUGCUCUUACUAUUAACUCUGUCUCCUAAAAAACAGAUAAACAACCCAAAUGAUUGCUAACCAAGAUGGGCUCCUGGGAAGAGGUUCAUAGCCACUGCCUGAUUCAUCUGCUUCUGGUCUUGGGAUUGUUAAGACUGUCUGCUGUUGUGUCUCCAGGAAGAAGACAGAAAGGUAGAGGCUGCGGAAUCACACAGAGAUCCCUCCAUGGCCUAACAUUUAGCUUGUUUCUCAUGCUGUGUCUUUGCUUGGGUCAAGGGUGGGGGUGGAGCAAUUGUUCAUGAGUCUCAAACUCUUUCGGGAUUUUGUCUCGUCUCUCAGAAGGUCUCUGCUGGGCACCAUAUCUGUGUGCAGGGAAAGCUGGCGUGUGUGUGUGUGUGUGUGUGUGUGUGUGUGUGUGUGUGCGCACGCGCGCUCGUGCCUGCGUGUUGACAGACGGCUCCUGCCCUUUCCAGGCAGCUAUUUUGAGAACUGUGGCUUUAUGUUUCACUUUCCCGUCUUAAUUAGAUACUAGAAGAAAAAAAUCUUGCAGCCAGUUACUUCCCUUUCUCUUUCCAUAUUCAGUUGAGAGUGAGAGAAAUAAUUUACAAUGUAUGAGGAGCGAGGGUGAAGAGAAAAUUAAUCUACUAGAGAAAGUCAUUCCAAGAAGGGAAAUUCUGCCAGAGUGCUGGCCAGGUUCAGUAUUUUUGAGAAUGUUCCUGUCUUUGAAGAGCUUGGCUCCCACCACGCUCCGAGGUGCUUUCAUAUUUAGGAACUCGGUACUUCAGUAUCUAGUGUCUGUCUACAGAACAGAUGGGAUGCUUGGCUUCUGGGCCAGUGGAAGGAAAAAAGCCUGGAUUUCUUCGGCAGGCACAGCAUCUGCCCAAAUUGGGAGCUGUAUUCCGGAAGCCCCUGGGCUAGGAACCUCUUCCAUGGUUUGCUCUAGCUAAGUAAAUGCACGGUUUGAGGUCGAGCGGUGUCAAGAAGAAAAUUCAUACACAAUUCAGCUCAGAAGUCAGUCUUUAAGCCUGGGUGAGAGGAUCCUCUGGAGACCCCAAAUCCAAGUUCAUUAUCUGCAGAGUGGCCUGGACUUUGCUUCCUUCAGUGGGAUUCUGCCUACCCUGCUGGAAAGGAUUAGUCUUUUAGAGGGGCGGGGCUAGAGCAGCCGGUGAAGUGGGGCAGGGCUUCGUUACUUCGCGGCCCGUCGCCUAGACAACCGAUUGCAGAUAGAUGGAGACGGUACGCCAACAGCUAGCGGCACUCCGACAGCCAGCGGUACGCGGACAGCCAGUGGGACCGGAGCCGGGAACGCUGAGCCAGGAGCAGCUGAAGCAGUUGCGAGAUUUCAAGAUCCAGACUCGGAUCGAAAAUGAAAAGUACUUGAGGACCCACAAAGAGGUGUCGUUGCUCAUUAGCGGCUUCUUCAGAGAAAUGUUUCUGAAAAGACCAGACAACAUCCUGGAAUUUGCUGCACACUAUUUCACGGAUCCAAGACUUCCCAACAGGAUUUACAUGCAGCUAAUUAAAGACAAGAAAAGAGCCUAAUUAGCAAAGCCACGAUGCUCAGCUGCUGGGAGAAGCCAGAAGGAAUCCAGCCUUCGGGUCAUCUGGAGCAGAGUUGUGUGGGCCUUCUCCUAUUGCAAGAGCCUUAAAGAUCCUCAUUCAAUACAGACCCACUGUGUCCUACUCUGCUCUUUUUCUCCUUGAGGUGGUCAGGGUCAGGGGUAGGAGGGACUGUUCUCACUCUAGCCGCUUUGCAAACCACAAACAGCGCGUCCAGACUUGAGCAUCCUGUCUCCUUGACCUUCCUAAUCAUAAGGUGGUGAUUCAUGUUGCUUUCCAUCGAAGCAAUAGUGAGAGAAACUGAUCGAAAGGACGUGAAGAGAGGUGGACAGACACUGAAAACUCAAGAGGGGCCACGAAUCUUGUGAAAUAUACCCCUGGCAGGUGGCUGAGGAGGUAGAGGACUUUAGGAGCAAGCUGGCCAUGUAUUUGAUGUCUGGCCAAGAGGCAGGAACAUGGCAGAUGGUAGCAUGAAGCCCUUUGCACUUUGUACAGUUUAGGAGCGUGUGUUUGUGUGUGUGUGUGUGUGUGUGUGUUGUGCAUUGUGCAUCUUUCAGGGUUGGGGCCUCAGUCUUUGGCCUCUGCAGUCAGCUGGCUCCACUGUAUAAAGGAGCUCUCAUGUGUGUUUCACAUGGCAACAUCACCAUGGCAACAGAAACACAGGCAGAGCGGUAUUUGUAUUCUCUUGCUCCUAGCUGCCCUCACUUGCCAUAAAAAGGGCAAUGGAACAGGAAGACUCAGAACCAUCUAAGUUAUGAACUGGACCCUCAGAGGUUGGUUGGUUCUUGUUUUAACACAGGUCUCACACUAUAGACUAGGCGAUCUCGAAUCUGCUGUGGUCCUCCUGUGUCAGCCAUGGCUUUGAAGGUUCUAGGAUGAUUCCCAUUCAUGCCACAUCUGGCUCUAGAGGAGCUGUUUCUGUGCUUUCAGAAUUAGACUUCAGCAUCUCUGGCAUGGACAGUGAGCUGUCCUUGCUUAGAAAGUACAAAACCAAGGGGCUGGGGAGAAUGAAGUGCUUGCUUUGUAAGAUGGAGGACCUGAGUUCAGAAGCCGCAUUAGAAACCUCCAAGUGUGGCGGUGUCCCGGGACUGCAGGCAUGUGUGGAUUCCUGGGGCCCGCUGCUGAGCCAGCCUCGCCUAGGAGGUAAGUCCAGGCCAGUGAAAGACCCUGUCUCAAAAAUAAAAAUACAGUGAAAUAAAAGUAGACGAUGCUGGGAGAACACUUGAGGCUGUCGUCUGGCUCCACAUGUGUGCUUGUGCAUACACAUGAGCACACACACACACACAAAGUCUGGUGUAGUGGCUCCUGACAAGAGUCCCAGCAUUCAGGAAGUCAAAUGCUAAUUGCUGUGAAUUCCAGGCCAGCAUGGAGUACAGCAUGCAGCCAUGUCUCAAAUGAACAGGGAUGGAGAGAAGGCUAGGUGGUUAAGAGCACACAUUGCUCUUCCUGAGGACUUGAGUUUGAUUCCCAGCCCCUGCAUCAGGCAGUUUGCAGCUGUCUGUAACCCCCAGCUCCAGGUGGAUUUGACCUCUGUGGGCACUCACAUUUAUGUGCAUGUAGUUCCCUCUCCCACAUGCAUAGAGUUAAAAUAAUAAACAUAUCUUUAAGCAAAGCAAGCUUUGAUCAGAACACACACACAGUAAGGCUUUUUCCUGUGAGGUGUCACAUUAGAUGGGCUCAUCCCAGUGAGAAGAACCUGCCAAGAUGGGAUGGGAGAAUACAGGGAUUUUGAGGUGCUUGAAUGCCUGCUAUAAUGAUGGUGGACUAUAUAAUGGCUUAUUCUGGGGCUGGAGAGAUGGCUCAGUGGAUAAGAGACUGUCAGCUUGCUCCUCCUAGAGGUCCUGAGUUCAGUUCCACAUGGUGGCUCCCAACCAUCUGUACUGGAAUAUGAUGGCCUCUUCCAGCAUGCAGGUGUACAUGCAGAUAGAGCACUCAUACAUAAAAUAAAAUAAUAGCUCAUUUUUAGGUGUGUGGGGGUUCCCUGAUAAGACAUGAGAAAUAUAUGUCCCCUUAUUGUUUAAUAUUUUUUAUUUAAAGUUUUUAUUUUAUGUGUAUGAAUUUCGCCUGCAUGUUUUUCUCUGCAUCACAUGUGUGCUUGGGACUCAGAUAAGCCGCCAGAAGAAGGGGUUAGAUUCCCCUGGAACUGGAGUUACAGACAUUGUGAGCCACCAUAUUAGUACUGGGAAUUGAACCCAGGUCCUCUGGAAAAACAGCCAGUGCUCUUAACCACCCUGUUUUAUAUGACUUUUAAAAUGGCAUACGAAGAAAUGGGUUUCAUGGUGAUAUUUGCAUACAUGUAUGUUCUCUAAAGGAACAGAACCGAUAGAAUGAAUCCAUAUAAAUACGUCAAUAGAUUUAUUGGUAGCCCAACAAUGGCUCCCGCCUGACGGGAAGGCUAAGAAUCCAGUAGCUGUUCAGUCCACAGGAGUAGAUAUCUGUGCCAGCUGUCCCGCUUGAGUGCUAGAGCAAGCCUAGGGAGCUACUGCUCUUUUGUGUACUUGGGCAUGGUGAAGAAGUACGUUCUCACACCAGCAAAGGAAUGUGUCAACGACAGCACAAAUGAACUCAGCAGUGAGAGUGAGGGCAAGCAGGCAAAAAGGAAAGCUUCCUUCUUCCAUGGCCUUUUAUGUGGGCUGCCACCAGAAAGUGUAGCUCAGUUUUAGGAUGGGUUACCCCACCUGCAAUAGUCCAAUCAAGAAAAACCCCUCACAGGUAUGCUCAGCUGCCUGGGGCUUUAGUUGAUUCCAGAUAUAGUCAAGUUGACAACCAAGGUUAGCCACCACAAAUGUAUGUUUGGUUCCUGUUGUCCUCCAGCCCCCCUUUCCUGAAAUGUAGACAUUUCACCGCCUUGCCAAGAAAGCAUGGGUUUAACACUUGGUGGGAGGGUUUCUUAUGUCCUUGGAAUGAGAGAAGGUUUAUGGUCUGGGAAGAUGAAAUUCUUUCCUCCCACAACUUUACCUGAAUUUUUUUUUUUGGGGGGGGGUUCUCUGUGUAGCACUGGCUGUCCUGGAACUUACUCUGUAGACCAUGCUGGCCUUGAACUCAGAGAUCUGGCAGCCUCUGCCUCCUGAGUGCUGGCAAUAAAUGCUUGCCCUACCACGACUGGCCUAACAUCUCAUUUUUUUUUAGAUUGAAAACUCCAGAAAGAUGGGAUCCAGGCCUGGCUGUCAGCAGUGACUGGGAACAGAUGUUCAUCAAGUGUGUGUGUGGAGAGAGUGAAUGUGCACAUAGUUGAAUGAGCCAUCACAUUUCAGUAUAUCGACAACUAUAUAUACCUAUGAUAGUAGCAGAUAUGUAUUAUAAAAGGCAGGAGAAAGAGCAGCUUUGGCUGGAGGACGGAGGGAGAUCUUGUGUAAACUGGCGUGGAAUGGGCAAGAAAGUUUUUCCAGGAAGAUUUGGAGAACAGUUCCUCCCAUUCUGCUGAUGGCGGGAGGGCAGGGCACAUCCUGUUAUCACCUGCUCAAGCUUCUGCCUACGGCAGUAUUGUGUUUGAGUCAGUGUUUCUCUGUGUAGUCCUGGUUGUCCUGAAACUCAGUCUGUAGACGAGGCUGGCUUCAUACUCAGAAAUCGGCUUUCUGAGGCUUUCUGAGUAAGCCUCCUGAGUGCUGAGAUUAAAUGUGUGAGCCACCACAA